GUGGAAGCUUGAAAUAUGUACUACUAUUACUCCUCUAUACCGCUUUAAAUUGAGAUCGUCUUAUUAUAAGUUUCCCCAUCUCCCCUCUCUUUCUCUCUCUUCGCUUUUUCUGAAUCUGUGUUCUUCACAAGGAAGCUAUCUACAGUCAAUCAAGAUGAACAAGCAAGAAUUCAUGAAGUUACAGACUUGUGUCCUCAGAGUCAAUAUACAGUGCGCCUGUGAUGGAUGCAAGCAAAAAAUCAAAAAACUCCUCAAUAAAGUCGAAGGAGUUCAUAAAACAAGCAUUGAUCUUGAACAAGGGAAAGUCACGGUGUCCGGAAAUGCAGAUCCGGCGAUGCUAAUAAAGAAAUUAAAUAAAUCCGGGAAACACGCGGAGCUUUGGGGCCCACAAAAGGGUGUGAAUCUUGUUAAUAAUCAGUUUAAGAACAUGGGUUUUGAUAAUAAGAAGGGUGGUGGUGGUGGUGGAGGAGGAGGUGGUGGUGGUGGUGGAGGGAAAGAUAAACAGAAGGAUGGGAAAGGUCAUCAACAGAUGCAGGCGAUGAUGAAUAAAGGGUUUAAAGAUAUGAAGGCGACUAAUAAGGAUCAGAAGUCAGUCAAAUUUAGUUUGCCGGUGGGUGGAGGAGGUGGUGGUGGUGGUGGUGGUGGGUUUGAUGAAGAAGAUGAUUUUGAUGAUGAUGAUAGUUUUGACGAUGAUGAUGAGUUUGAUGAUGAUUUUGAUGAGGAUGAUGAUGAUAGUUUUGAUGGGUAUGAUCAUAAAAAGCCGAAUAAAAUGAUGGGAGUGGGUGGUGGACAUGGGCCCCAUGGUCCAAUUGCAAUGAUGAAUGGUAAUUCCAAGAAAGGACCAGGUGCAGCGUUUGAAUUGCCUGUCCAAUUCAAGGGCAAAGGUGGAAAUAAUGAUACCAAAAAUGGCAAUGGCGGGAAAAAGGGCAAGGGAGGAGGUGGUGGCGGUGAUGGUAAAAAGAGUAAACAUGGCGGUGGUGGUGGUGGCGGCGGAUUUUUCGGAGGUAAGAUUGGUGGGAUGCUUUUUGGUGGUGGUAAAAAGAAAAACAAGAGCGAAAGUCCAAAGGGCGGAAAGAAGGACGGCGGCGGAGGCGGUGGCGGUGACCGGAAAAUGGAGAGCGGUGUCUGGGAUAAGAAAGGCGGAGGAAAACAUAUUGACAUGGGAAAAAUGAAUAAGCAAACCGAGUUUCUCGACUUUAGCAAGCCUCAUAAUGGCGGCGGAGGUGGAGGUGGAGGUGGAGGUGGAGGUGGUGGUGGUGGUGCCGGGCGGGGUAUGGGCCAUAAUGGUGGCGGCGGCGGCGGUGGUGGUCGGGGUAUUGGUCAAAUGGGUGGUAAUCCAAUGAUGAUGCCUCAAAUGGGAAACUACCCUCCAAUGGCACAAAUGGGAGGUGGUGGUGGUGGCGGCGGCGGCUAUCCAAUGGGCCAAAUGCAAAUGCAGUCGGGACAUGGUAAUCCGUACAAUCAACAACAACAACAGUUCCAACAACAACAGUAUCAGCAACAACAACAGCAACAGUAUAUGCAAGCUAUGAUGAUGAAUCAACAAAGGGCAAAUAUGUACCCACAUCCACAAAUGAUGUAUGGUCAGCCACCGCAUGCCGCCUACGGGCCGCCAAUGAUGGCACCGGCGAAUAACGACAACAUCACCCACAUUUUCAGUGAUGAGAACACUGAUAGUUGUAGUAUUAUGUAG